AUGCCAUUGUUAAACAGUAGUAAUAUGUAUCCCAGUACCUUUCUUCUCCUUGGCAUCCCAGGAAUGGAAGCCAUCCACACCUGGCUAUCAAUCCCCUUCUGUCUUGUUUACCUGUGUGCUCUCUUGGGGAAUUUCUCUAUUCUCUUUAUUAUCAAAACAGAUUCCAACCUGCAUAAACCCAUGUACUUUUUCCUCUGUAUGCUCGGUGUGGCUGACCUAAUCAUCUCAACUACUGCUAUACCUAAAAUCCUCAGCAUUUUUUGGUUCCAUGACAGACAGAUCUAUUUUGAAGCCUGCCUUUUACAAGUAUUUCUCAUUCAUUCACUAUGCAGCAUGGCCUCAGGAUUUAUUUUGGCUAUGACUUUUGACCUCUAUGUAGCAAUCUGCAAUCCUCUGAGACAUUCCAUUAUUCUGAAACAUACAGUUAUCCAGAACAUGGGGUUAGCUAUUGUUUUUCAUGGGGCUUUACUUUUUAGUCCUCAGCCAUUCAUGCUUCGGUGGCUUUCUUACUGCAGAACUAAUAUCAUUCCUCAUACAUACUGUGAAUUCAUGGCCUUGGUCAAGCUUGCCUGUGCAGAAACUAGGAUCUGCAGAAUAUACAGCUUAACUGCUGCUUUCCUAACUGGUGGAUUAGAUUUCAUGUUGAUCAUAUGUUCCAUGGUCAUCCUUUACACUGUAUUCCAUCUUCCAUCCAAGGCUGCUCAACUCAAGUCCUUGGGCACUUGUGGAUCCCAUGUUUGUGUGAUCUUAGUAGCCUACACUCCAGCCUUUUUCUCCUUCCUUACUCACAGGUUUGGGCACAAUGUGGCUCCUCAUAUUCACACCUUUGUUGCAAACAUCUGUCUCCUUGUUCCACCCAUGAUGAACUCAAUGAUCUAUGGCAUAAGGACCAAGAGAAUCAGAGAAUGUUUUCUCCAAAUCUUAACAUCUCACAAAUUCUAA